UCCCAACCUAUAUCCAUUCUUCUUCCACAGUCAUUACCGAGCUCCCUCCAAUGGAGUCCCACUCCCUCUACCUCUCUUCCUCCUCCCCAUCUCUCCAAAGUCAUCGUGCAAUUCACAAACUUUCUUCUCAGAAACCAAUCUCUCCACCCCCUUCUCUCAUUCCCUUCGCCAAUUCAAAACCUCUCACUGUUUUCAAUGGCCCCCGUUUUUCCUCCAUUAACAGAACCCCAUUUCCAAGCCCCACAAUUCCUUCAAACCCCCCUUUCCUCUUCGCAAAAACUUCCCCAUUUCUCCAAUUGAUGAAGCCCCAUUUUCCUUUUGCUCUAACUCAGCUCCUCCUUCUCACCCCUCUCCCUAGCUUCGCCUUGGAAACCGACCUAGCUUCUUCUGAUAAGAUAAGCCUGGAGUCCAUUUUGGUUUCAAUCGAUGAAUUUUUCAAUAGAUACCCUUUUUUUGUUGCUGGGUGUACUUUCAUUUGGCUUGUUGUGAUACCUUCGAUUGAUUACUAUUUUAUAAGAAAGUAUAAGUUCAUUUCUGCCAUUAAUGCGUUUCGUAAAAUCCGAGAUGAACCAAAUGCACAACUGUUGGAUGUUAGAGAGGAAAAGAGCUUGGCGGUUUUGGGGUCUCCUAAUUUGAGGAUUUUGAAUAAGGAUGUGGUGCGGGUUGUGUAUUCAGAAGAGGAUGAAGAUGGGUUUGUGAAGAAGGUGAAGAAGAGCUUUGGUGAUGAUGCUGAUACUAUAGUCUUUGUCCUGGACAAUUUUGAUGGUAACUCCAUGAAAGCGGCUGAGUUAUUGGUCAAGAAUGGCUUCAAGGAGGCCUAUGCAAUCAAGGAUGGUGUUAGGGGCGAAAAAGGGUGGUUGGCAAUACAGGAAAGCUUAUUGCCACCUUCUGUUCACAUGAAAAGAAGGAAAAAGGGUAAAGCUUCGCCAAAGUUGGGGACCAAUGGAGUUGUUCAACAAAAUGGAGACAAUGAGGCUGUUCCCUCUUUGAAAUCCUCCAAUCGAGAAAUACAACCGUCACAUGUCCAUGUCAAUGCAUCGUCACCUGCCGAGUCACAGUUGAAAACCCAGUCAAGGCCGUCCUCUCCUUAUCCAAAUGUAUUUUUCUUGAACACUGAUAAAUGGCAGUACCCAGAUUUAAAACCACCAUCAUCUCCAAUGCCCUCAAAGCCAGGGAAGUGA